AGUAGGUGAGACAGGUCUUCUUUAUUUGAAGGUUGAAAACUGUAGUUGCUGUCUGCCAAUGGCUGGGAACAGGGUGCAAAUUUGUGUUAGAUGUUUUCGGAAAUCGUUCGUUUACGACAAGCUUUUUUUACGAGCAAUAAUUUCACAUACUUCAGGCUUGAAAGGGCGACAAUUUCACAAUGAUGGAAAAGAAAAUAAAGAGAAUGAUUUCAAAAAGAAGAAAGACAUUGUUAAAAAACCUGGUAUCAUACGCAAGUCUAUAGCUAAGAACUACCUGAAAUUGAUUUCAAAUUUGGAGAAGAAGUAUCCAAAAUUAUAUCAAGUAUAUGCUGUAUCCAAGAAAGGAAUAGAGAGUUUACUGGCAGACAUGAAGGUGUAUAGCGGUGCCGUCUAUGAGCUAUAUAACAUGAGAAAGGGUAUGGUAGAUUAUAGUUCAUUAAACAGGGAACAACUGAUGGCCUACAGACAGGUACCGAAAGACUUAAGGAAAGUAGGAUUUGUACUCCUUGUGAGCACUGUGCCAUUUGUAGGAAAUUUAGUUUUCUUUGUUGCGUACAAAUACCCCAAUCAUUUGCUGAGUAGACAAUUUUGGACUGCUGAGCAACAACAGGAGUUUGAUAUUUCUAAACAUAAACACAAGGUGGACCACUUCCCUAAGUUAUUGGCUAAGCUUAAGACACUGGCCUCUAAAUUAAAGGAUGAAAGAGAAAGAAAAAAACUGCUAGAUAUUCUCAACAAGAUACCUGAGAGCUCAGUGUCUGUAGAAGAAUUGUUGACAGUGAAGCAUCUAUUUGAACACGAACCACUGAGCCUGUGGUCCUUAAACAUGGCACACUUGUAUCAUGUGGCAUAUGCCAUGGAUAUGCCAAAAAUGAAGGCUAAGCUUAUCCAAGAUGCUAUGCUGCUUCAUAACAUUGAUCAAGUAAUACACAAAGAAGGCAUACAUAUGCUAAGCAAUGCAGAACUGCAGCAGGCAUGUUUUGACCGAGGAGUUAAUUCCUACAGUCUAACCAAAGAUGAGCAAGUACAGUAUAUGAAGUCAUGGUUACAGCUCAGUCAAGCUUGCACAGGUCCUAGCUUGUCACUGAUACUUCACGGACCAGUCUUUUUGGCUUGGAACCUACCCAGGUCAACAAAGGACCCACAAACAACAUAGGUACAGGAAAGAAUGUAUACCUGGCAAAGAGUAUCUUUGGAAAUCUGCUACAGUCAAACCUUGCAUCACAAACCUUUACAUACUAGUCAUAAUUGCAUUCCUUUUGGUGAACAGAAUUCCAAGUUUAUUUUCUGAGCGCAGCACUUUGUGUCAUCCUUAUGGGAAGUUGUGGUAGUCAAUUAGUUUAAUAAUGGUGGAUGUCAUUGUUUCAUAACACUUGUUUGGCAAAAUUGUCAAAAGGCAACUAUCUGGAGAAAGAUACAAACAGGACCAGUUUUUAAAAUGUAGAAUCUGAGGGAAAUUGCUGUCAAUUGCACAAGAUGUUCUUUUUACUAAAGGUCAUUCUCUUUCCAUGAUCAUUCAAUUACACAAAACCCUAGUAUUAUUGCGACAGAGACAUUUAUUUUGCAGCAUUUCAUACUGGCCUUGGAGCACAGCAUUAAAAAUACCAUAAUUCUUUUCAUUCAUGUUACACAGUCCCAUUCUGUAGUCACAGUUUUAAUUCAGUGGUCACGAUUAAGUUUGCAAUUUGAAGAUGCAGAGAUCAGUAAAGAAAUAAAGAUUGAAGACAACUGGGUCAUCCAGUUUGCAUUUUUGUCUUUAUUGAAAGCAAAUGAUUUAUCAGCUAUUUUAUGGGCCAGUUUCAAUACAGGCAUUAUUUAAUGUUGUGUGAAAGAAAAAAGUAGGAAAAAU